UUAGGGCAAUCCCUUCUUCCAUCCUUCUCUAUAAAACCUCUUCAUCCCUUUCCACCACCACUACUACUAUUAUGCUUUAGCUUAAGGGUACCUACCCAUCACCAUGAAGUUCUCUUUGAACCUCUCAACCCUUCUCAUUCUCUUCCUCACCAUCUUCUCUACAACUCCACUCCUUGCAUGUGGGACAUGUCCUACACGUCCUACACGUCCAAAGACCCCUAGACAUCCAAAGAACCCUAAACCACCCAUCACCCUUCCUCCGGUGCUCCCUAAGCCACCCAUCACCAUUCCUCCGGUGCUCCCUAAGCCACCCAUCACCAUCCCUCCUGUGCUCCCUAAGCCACCCAUCACCAUCCCUCCGGUGCUCCCUAAGCCACCCAUCACCGUCCCUCCAGUGCUCCCUAAGCCACCCAUCACCGUCCCUCCGGUGCUCCCUACGCCACCCAUCACCGUCCCUACGCCACCCGUCACCAUCCCUCCAGUGCUCCCUGUGCCACCUAUCGCCGUUCCACCGAUCACCAUCCCCCCGGUGCUUCCCACACCACCAGUCAUCAGUCCAGUCACCCCUCCGGUCCCUGUAAAACCACCAACCACCAAACCAUGCCCUUCUCCAGCAGUUCCUAAAUGCCCUAUAAAUACAUUGAAGUUUGGAGGGUGUGUUAAACUUCUUGGUGGUUUAGGAAAUAUCAUCAUUGGUAACCCAGUGUCCUCAGAGUGUUGCCCUUUGGUUCAAGGCCUUACUGACUUCGAGGCUGCUGUGUGCUUGUGCACCACUAUCAAGCUUAAUCUUCUCAAUGUUAAAUAUGUCUUUCCCAUUGCUCUCAAACUCCUUAUCACUUGUGGCAAGACUCCUCCUCCUGGCUAUGACUGCCCCUGGCUUGGUCUCUUUGCUCUGAUUUCAACAAUCAUUCUGUCAAGGAGUGUGCUUUUCUCUGUGCAAACUCAAGUUCCUUUUUUAUCUUUGCUGAUGCUUCCUGGAUCACUGGGGUUAAGUUUUAACUCUCCCAUCCAAGCUAAAUUGGCAGCAGUUAACCUGGCUCUUCGUACUUGCAUCUAUGAAGGUUGGGCACUGGAUCGAAUUUUCUGCGACUGCCCUGAGGUGGCUCAACUCAUAAAGCACUACAACGCUUGCUUUGCUUGUCAUAUAAAUGCGGAAUAUCAGAGCUUGAAGCACAACUUGAACCUAUUUUCUAAUGUGUCCAUUGAAACUAUCUCCCGUGAAGACAACACCAUUGCCGAUGCUCUUGCAAGCUUUGGAAGACUGAACCCUCAAUCAUCUCUCUUUUUUAGGGGAAUGGAUCGUCCAAACUGGUUUGAGGAGCUCUAUGUAAGUAGAGUUUUGAGGAGGACAACAAUGGCAAGAAAGUUCUUAGCCGUUCUCUACUUCACUUUGCUCAUCUUCUCCACUGUCUCCACUGCUACUAUCCCAUGCAAGACAUCACCAGCUCCGAUAAAGUUCCCACCAAAAGGGCCGCCGGUGAACCCUUUCUGCCCUUGGGACACUGUUAAGCUAGGGGCCUGCAUCAAUGUCCUUGGAGAUUUGGGACACCUUGUUUCAGGAGAGUCCUUGGGGAACAAAUGCUGUCCCUUGCUUGAAGGUUUAACUGACGCUGAAGUAGCUGCUUGUUUUUGCACUGUGAUCAAAGAGAGUGUGUUAGGGAUCACUACAAAGUGGACUGUCACUCUUAGUUUGCUUGUUAGUUCUUGCAAGAAGGAGAUCCCUGAUGGGUUCAAAUGUGUUUAGUUAAUUAAUAACUUUAUUAGGUUUGAUCAUGAUUAGAGUACUAGUUAUUUUUGUUGCUGUUGUUUUAUCUUUUCUUUGUCUUUUAAGAAGUGAUUUAGAGUUGUUGUC